AUGAUCGCUACACCUAUAAGAUUAGCGAAGAGUGCGUAUGAACCGAUGAUCAAAUUUGUCGGUACAAGACAUCCCUUCGUGAAACACGCUUCUGAAGUCAUUGUUCAUCCAUGCGCCACCAACGGUGUGCUACCUGGCAGCAGGGAGUGUAUACCAGCUGGCGUAUUCAUGGAAAACUAUAAACCAUUCCGCGUAGUGCCAAUAAAACAUGGUGCUAAGAUUGGUCACAGCGCUUCGAAGACCUCCCCGUUUGUGAACAGGCCAUUGGGUAAAGAUGAGCUUAGCUCCAUUUUCGAACUGCCUGCCAGGUUCCAGUAUAAGCCCAUUAAUGAGAAGGAACUGGAAAGCAUAAAUAGCGGUGGAGCAUGGUGA